GCCGGCGUCGUGGGCGCCAGCUCUCGCAGGUGGUGGGCCCUGAGCACGGGGCUCUGGGCCCUCUCCCUGCUGCUGGGCGCCGUACGAUCCUUGAGAAUUUUGUUCCAAUUAAGAAGAAAGCUGAGGCAGCACAAGGGUAAAUCUUCGCCUCUGAGUCAAAAGAAAAUGAAAGCGCAAGUGAAGGCUGAAGUUCUGAGCAUCAUUAGUAGUUUGGCAGAUCUCUGCAAUGCCAUCAAUUGGCUGCCUCCAGGAUUUCUGUGGGCUGAACAGUUCCCCCCAUGGUUAGUAGGUCUCUUUGGGACCAUAUCUUCCCUGAUUGGUAUCUACCAGGCAUCUGCAGGGGGAAAUUCUGGGGCUGUGUGAACCACAGUUAAGCUUCAGGAACCCAUCCUUACAUGGAAAAAGGGCACGUCAUGUAAGCAGGGUAUGUUUUAAUUUUUCUAGGUGUUGAUGAGUGUAGCUCCAUGCACCCUGUAAUUGAGACUGGGAUCAAGAUGCCUCUUACAGAGAGGAUUCAUUAGGGUUUAAAAUAGUUCUUACGGCUCCUUGUCACAGUAAGGCCAUUGAGGAGAAGAUUAAGCAAUUUUAUAGGAUAGGAUGGAUAAAAUAGGGGAAAAUGAAGCUGUGUUAGGUGGAGAUGUGGCCACAGUUCUGUUAUACAAAACUGCUGAGGGAGAGAUUCUGUGAGCUUAAGCUCCAAGCUCAGCAGUUGAUGCCUCAUCUGAAACUGGCAGGUGACCUGUAUCGUGGAAGUUUCUCUAUCAGAUACGUUGGUCUUUGAGCCCAGACCAGCUGCCCUAACUGCAAACAGCAGCAAGUGACCAAGGGAUGUUGUUGGGCGGUGGGUUGUUUUAUUUGUGACGGUUCUGUUUCCUUAGAGGUGAUGUGAGAAAGAAACAGCAACUGUAAACAACUUCUUGCUAAGCUCCCUUCUGGUCAGUAUUACUCAUGUAAGGAGCAAUAAUAGAUGUUGAGACUUCUAGGUUAAACCAGAACAAGCAAAAGUGCACUGAACCUCUAGAUGUGCCUUAACGGAAGGCCACGGGGUGGAGCUCUUCCACCAGUCUCUGGCAGAGCCAAUGGACUUUUUUAAAAAGAAGCAAGUAUAUUAAUCACCUUUCAAGGGACCAAUCAAACAGAUGCAGAGAUGCAGUUUACAGUCAUAAUCUAAGCUGUGCCAAUAAUAAAUGAGAUGAAUGUUUCAAA